AUGCCAUCAGUUGGCGGGUAUAAUUUCACGACGAACUCAAUAUCUUGGUUAUUCUGGUCGACGAAACUAAACGCAACCAACUUGAACUCCCUCCCAAUAAAUUUAAGGCUGUACAGCGAAGUUAAGUUCGCUUUGGGAGACACGGAGGGCAUGAAGCUUUUUGACAUUUAUCGCAUCCAUGAAGGUAUGCCCAUCGAGUCGGUUCUCGCGGCAUCUUGGGACACUGCUACUGGGCUGGUCUGGCAUUUAGACGAGGACACUUACCGAAGAAGAAUUAAUUUCCGAGAUAUUGUUCUACAGGGUGGGUUGGCGGUUAUGGACUACAACCUUAGUGAUCCGAACCUAUUCGAGACGCUAAGGAACCACAAUCAAGACAAGAGCAAAGAAACAGUCGCCCAUUUUGCAAGGAGCUGUUUUUUCUUUCUGCAACCUCGAUUCUUGGAGCGCUCGACUCUGCUCGUCUAUCCAUUCCGCGGGAUCGUCUGGUUGACAAGCUUCUUGGUGAUGCUCAUGUCCUUGGUCUUCGUGUCAGUUGUUGCUGUAUUCGACAAGAGUAUGCGAAUGUCCAUUGGGUCGGCCCUGUUAUACUUCAGUGCCAUUUUCAGCCAACAAGGUACAGUGCUGACCAGCCAGUGGGUGAGCGGACGAUUGGUGUUGUUGAUUUCGUUGAUUUUCGGAUACAUCCUGCUCAAUUAUUAUUCGGGUCAAAUCGUUAGCGAGGUUUUAUCGAGAUCCCCGUCUACAAUCAACACCUUCAGUCAGCUUCUAAGCUCGCCUCUUCUCCUAGCAGCCGAUAAAGUUCCUCCUUAUCUCAAAGUUCGCUACAAGACGCAGCGGUCACAUCACAUUCCGGAAAUCGGAGUCAAAGUUGAAAAGACCGGUGGGUAUUUGAACGUGGAGGAAGGAAUGGAAGUCGUGAGAGGCUCUCUGUACGCUUUUGAGACGGAGGCAAGCAGAGGCUAUUACCUUAUCGAUAAGACGUACACUCAAGCGGAGAUCUGCUCCGUAGGGGAGAUCAGCAUGCCUACCGUCGAGUCCUUCAUUGCUCUCAAGUACCAAUCACCCUUCAAGCAGCCCAUAUCCACAACGGUGAUGGUGCUGAACGAACGCGGGCUUCUGAAGCGGUUGAACAAUCUGUGGAGGUACCCAAAACCCCAGUGCUCCGGUACGACCAACCUCGUACCAGUUGAUUUGGAGAACGCCUCUAUCGCCUUCUACAUUCUGUUGAGCGGUGCGGUCAUCGGGUGUGCAACCUUCCUCGUUGAAAAUUAUGUCUUUAAGUUCGGGCGCUCUCGGAAUCUGGCAAAAAAUUCUAGCUUUCUUUCACUCAUCAAAUAUUGAUAUGAACGGCCAUAGAAAACGUAUCG